GGUACCGUGUGGUCGCCAUUUUGCUGUGCAGCAGCAAGAAGAAAGAAGAGGAACCAAAGAAAAAGCACCACAGUGAAACCCACUUUCUUCUCCAAAGCACGUCUUCUCCACCAUGGAGGUUCCUGGACCAGACAGCGAUUGGAGGAGCCCUCAGUUCCGACAGAAAGUCGUCAGUCAGAUUGAAGACGCCAUGAGGAAGGCAGGCACCGGACACAAUAAGUCCAGCAAUGAAAUGGAAAACCACGUUUAUGUCAAAGCCAAGUCCAGAGAGGAGUAUUUGUCCCUGGUGGCGAGGCUCAUCAUCCACUACCGAGACAUCCACAAUAAGACACUGGGUGGUCCGGAUCCCAUGAAUGCCCUGACUAAUCUGACGGGGGUUGGAGGGGGCUCGGGUGCCAUUGGCAUGGGGCCUCACCCCACCGGUGCCCCUGUGGGGGGCAUGGGGGCCAUGGGGCCCAUGCAGAUAGGCCCGCAUGCCAUGGCGGGGGUGUCUGGAAACCCACAAGCCUUGGGGGGUCCAGCCCAGUUGGCCAUGCAGGGCCAGUCCAUUCCCUUCCAGCAGUUCCAGCAGCAGAACCCCAUGCAACAGCAGCAGCAGCAGCAGCAGCAGUUCCAGGUGCAGCAGAUGAGGGCGCAGCAGCAGCAGAUACACCAGAACCAACAACAGGCCCAGAACCAGCAGCAACAGAAUCAGAUGCACCAGUCCAGGAUGCAGCAGCAGAUGGUCCAGUUGCAGCUCCAGCAGCACGCUCAGGCCCAGUCCAUCCAGCACAUGGUCCAGCACCAGCAGGUUCAGGCCCAACCGGGUCCCAUGCCACCACACUCGCAGCAGCAGGCCACCAUGGCGCCGCAGCCUCUGGCCGGACAGAUGACAUCUGCUCAGCACGUUCCCAUCAAUUCGCUGAGUCAGCAGCAGCACCAUCUAAAGAUGCAGGCCUUCCAGGCCCGGGCAGCCAUGCAGCAGCAGGCCACAGUGCAGGCACAGCUGGCCUCCGUGUCGGGACAGCUGGUCCGUCCUAACAUGCAGAUCCCGGCCCGGCUGCCUCGGCCCACUCUGGCUCCCUCUGUCCCACCCCCCAACACCGCCACUGCUGCUGUGACGGGACCGCCGAUGACGCAGCAGCAGGUGCAGCAGCAGCAUGUGAUGAUGUCAUCACCUUCCCCGGUGCAGGUCCAGACACCCCAGUCCAUGCCGCCCCCACCCCAACCUUCCCCUCAGCCUCCCGCCUCCCAGCCCAACUCAGUCAGCUCGGGUCCGACGCCAUCACCGGGGGGUUUCCAGCCGAGCCCAUCUCCCCAGCCCUCGCAGAGUCCAUCCACCGCCCGGACCCCACAGAACUAUGGGGUUUCCUCCCCAGGCCCACUCAGCACUCCAGGAAACCCGAACUCAGUGAUGAGUCCGGCUGGCGCUGCGUCCCAGGAAGACCAGCAGUACAUGGAGAAGCGCAAACAACUGUCCAAAUACAUCGAGCCCCUCCGCAGGAUGAUCAACAAGAUUGACAAGAACGAAGAGCGCAAGAAGGACCUGAGCAAGAUGAAGAGUCUCCUCAACAUCCUGACCGACCCCAACACCAGGUGUCCUCUGAAGACGCUGCAGAAGUGUGAGAUUGCACUGGAGAAGCUGAAGAAUGACAUGGCCGUGCCAACCCCCCCGCCGCCGCCGCUGACCACCAAGCAGCAGUACCUGUGUCAGCCUCUACUGGAUGCCGUCAUGGCCAACCUUCGCUCACCCGUCUUCAACCACUCGCUGCACCGCACCUUCGCCCCCGCCAUGACGGCCAUUCACGGCCCGCCCAUCAUCGGUCCCAAUGUGUCCGCCCGAAAGAGGAAGCAGGAGGAUGACGAGCGGCAGACGGUCCCUAACAUCUUGCAGGGGGAGGUAGCCCGCCUUGACAUCAAGUUCCUGGUCCACUUGGACCCGGCGCACUGCAGCAACAACGGCACCGUGCACCUCGUGUGCAGGCUGGAGGACAAGAACCUUCCCAGCGUUCCUCCUCUGCAGCUCAGCGUUCCUGCCGACUAUCCCGACCAGAGUCCAUAUUGGGCCAACGACGGCGAGGAGUACGGUGCUAACCACUUCCUGCAGACGGUGCAGAGGAACAUGGCCUCCAAGCUGCUGCAGCUUCCUGACAAACACUCGGUGACGGAAGUGCUCCACACCUGGGCUCAGAGUGUGCGCCAGGCCUGCUUGGCAGCUGCCUGAAGCCCCGCCCACCCUCAUGUCUCCAUGUCAACUGGUGGCGUUCCAGCGGGAACCUGAUGAACAGCUGCAAUGUUUUUCUACGGUGAAUAAAAUGACUUGCUGUGAUGUCACACCACAUGUUUUAUUGGUUAAAAAUCAGAAGCUAAGUGAGAAGGCUUUGUAGGACACAUUGGUGAACACGUCCACGUGCUCGCUGCUUCCUGCCGCCGUCAACACCUGCAACACACCGCAUGGCUAGCCAUCAGGAUGCGCUCGCUGCGGGGGGGUGGCCUGCUGGCGCACUCACCUGGUGCUCUGUGCUGUUGGUGUUGAGCUGCAGGCUGUUGAGGUUCUGGGGGCUACAAGGGAUCUGAGCCUUGACUUCCCCCCCCAACAGGCAGUGAGACACAAACGGACCUUCGCCCACCGCCAGAAUCUGUGGAGAAAUGACACACGCGAAGCGUUUACGGAGCAUGUGUGGCAUGGAGACAAGCGUGCUCACCAUGUCCUGAUAGAAGGUAGCUUGUCUCUGGCAGCCACUCAGUGGAAAGAUGGAGGUCGGCGUCAGCGAGCGAAGAUGCCACAGUGACAAGAACGGACCGCCACCACACAGCUGCGCAAACAGGAAGUUGAAGCGGAUUAACAUCAGCAACAAAAACUGUAAGACAGAUGUUCUCACCAUCCAAUCCGAGUCGGUGGUCAAACAGCUGAUCCACUUUCCAAACUGCGGCCGUGCACAUUUCUGACAAACACAACGUCAUGAGCCAACGGCAAGCACUUAGGCCAGCAACGUGCAUCUUACUUGGUACUUGUGCACGUCCACGCAGUGGACACAUUGAGCCGUCCUGCUGUCUGGAAACACCAGGACAUUCAUCAGAUGACAGCACAGUUUCUGUUCUGGGACCAAAGCGGACACGGUGACUCACCCCACAUCCUAACGGCGCCGUCCUCACUGCCCGACAGGACCUCGCCAUCGCGCUCCCUCACGCUCAGACAGUGCACGUAGUCCGAAUGUCCCUGGAAGACAGACUGGGGACGGAUCGGAGACCAAAAAAAUCAACACUGUGACUCAAGACCACCGCACCGGGACACCACAUGACCCGGCCCACCUUGAAGACACCGUGUUCCAGAUCCAGGACAUGGACGUUGUUGUCCCCACCACCAAUGAGCAGGCUGUUGUCCUGACACACACACACACACAUUCAGUGUCCUUGGUCGUCAUGGAAACCAACAUGUCGAUCACUCACUCGCGGGUUGAUGACCAUGGCGUUGAUCUCGGGGACCUCCAUGCUGCAUCUAAAGCAAAAACAAGACAGGAAGUGCACCAUGUGACGUGUUCAAACAUU